GCUACAGAGUUUUCCGGUGUCUAGAUUCUGAUUUUAAAGAUCUGCAAAUUUCCAACUUUUUGUUCCUCGUUCAUCAUCCAUUAUCCAUCAUUCUCAAUAUCUCAUCUGAGUAGCAGUAGAUCUCAAACGAGCUAGUAGAAUCUCUUAUUCGUUUCAUUGCAUCCAACACACCUCCUCGAAGUCAACCACUAUAGACUUGAAUAUGGAUUCGAACUACGGCCCAGUCCUUUUCUCCUCGGCAAAUGCAUGGCUCCAUGCAGAGCAUUCCUCACAUGCUAACCCUACAUCCGAGGGAUUGUCUGGCCUCCCCGUGGGCUUUCCCGCUCACUCGGGUCAGGCAUUUGGCUGGACCGGAAGCCAAUUCAAGGAUGAUGAGCUCCACUUCAUCUACCACUUGACUAGCCAGAACCUGGCGGAGAUACGUUCCGCAAAGGAUCACUUCAAAUCUCUGGAAUUGGACGGCGAUCAAGUCAGCCGUGCCAACUUUCCGCUUCCCACACUUGGUCCUAAGUUAGACGAGCUUAGUCAAGGCAUUCACAAUGGCAGCGGCCUCUGCGUCAUCCGCGGAAUUAACCCGGAGGACUACUCGGUUGAAGACUUGACCAUUGUAUGGCUGGGAAUCCAAGCAUACAUCGCUGACCAGCGAGGAUGCCAAGACCACCAAGGCAACAUGCUUGUCCACAUCGUGGCAGACAACUCCUCUGAGUUGAAGUUGGGUCACCAUCGCCAUUCUACCUCUGCCAUUUCAUUCCACAAUGAGGAGGCUGGCGACGUCGUUGCUUGGUUGACUCGCAGCACUGCGGCAGCCGGAGGCAAGUGUAUCCUCGCAUCGGCUUAUACGAUCUACAACAUCCUAGCGGCUCAUCGUCCCGACAUCAUACGCACCCUUGCGAAAUCCGACUGGCCAUUUGCUUUCCCGCAUUUCCAAUGCCGGCCCUUGCUGUUCCACCACAACUCAAGGCUGGUGAUGAAUUUUGGCCGCACGCCCCUAUUGGGGAAUGCCAUUCACCCGCGUCCGGAACAUCUUCCCAAGCUCAACGAGCGCCAGCGCGAGGCUCUUGAUGUGGUGGAAGCGAUUGCCCAAGCAGUCCAACUGGAGAUCAAGACCCAAGCUGGCGAUAUGCAUUUCAUCAACAACCUUGCCAUUCUCCACAGACGCGAAGGAUUCGUUGACGGAGACUCUCCCCAGCGUAAGCGGCACUUGGUUCGCAUGAGACUCCGCAACUCGCAGCUGAAGUGGGACAUUCCGGACGAACUGAAGCGGGAAUGGCAUGAUGCAUUCGACGCGGACACGUACCAGACAUGGCACCUGGAACCGAUGCCUGGCGACGUGUUCCCUCUCCGUAAGUACACUAAUUAAAUAAUCCGGCCCACGAUACCUUAGGUACCUCGUUAUGGCGGGUACUUAUGCAUUGCAUUUCACGGGGAAUGGCUGGGAUUGGGGAAAUUACCAAUAAGAUUCCGGCAUAGAGAGGUUAAUACGGGGAUAAAAAGGGUAUUCAUCAAUGGUUUCCUGUCAAGUUAUGUCAAUUUUGUGGUUUUCCUCGUCUGAGCUCCGGUUUGAGCAACCUAAUAAUUCAUGGGCGAUACUGGGG